UGUCUCUCCUGCAAGGGCUGCCUCGCUGCCCCCUCCUGGGAUCUGGUGAGUCUCCUCUCUCUCUGGGAUCUGGUGGGGGUCCCAGGGCUGCAGCAGGGGAGGGGGCCUGGGGGGACCCCAAGUCAGGGAGGAGAGGGUCCUGCCAGGGAGGGGCCAGGUCUGCCACGCUCUCCUUCCUGCAGAUCAGAGGAUCCCUGACUCCCACGAAAUCUCCCUUCUUUAAACAAAGGAGUCCCUGGGACUUUAACUCUGUGUGACGUCGCUCAGCCUCAUUGCACAACCGAGGAAACAUCUGCAAAUGGUUUUCCAAAGCUGGAGGAGGAGGUGAGCACUAGCCCCCCGGAAAAAAAACAAACCACGGGGAGGGAGGAAGGAAAAGUAGGAAAGAGAGGCCAGGAAUAAAGAGAGGGAUCCCAGGCCAUAGUCUGGCUGCUGCAUUGCAAAACCAGUUUGUGUUAAGCUAUCUAAUAGAAUAAUAAUAAAUCCAAAAAUCAAGGGAGAUGUCUUUGGCCCCGCCCACUUGGCCCUCAGGGGGUUGGUCAGAUACAUUCCUGGCCCUCAGAAGAGAGAAAAGAGAUCUCACCCCACGAAUCUGUCUGGACAGCGGCAGAGAUUGCAGAAAAGGGGACAGAAGCAGGGAGUGGAGGUGGGGUGAGGGUGGGGCUGAAGAAGAAGAAGAAGAGUUUGGAUUUGAUAUCCCGCUUUAUCACUACCCUAAGGAGUCUCAAAGCGGCUAACAUUCUCCUUUCCCUUCCUCCCCACAACAAACACUCUGUGAGGUGAGUGGGGCUGAGAGACUUCAGAGAAGUGUGACUGGCCCAAGGUCACCCAGCAGCUGCAUGUGGAGGAGCGGAGACGUGAACCCGGUUCCCCAGAUUACGGAUCUACCGCUCUUAACCACUACACCACACUGGCUCUCAACUCCCGAGGACCCCCAGGUCAGGACCCCCACUAGAGAAAAGCAUCCAUUUAUCACAAGAUACAAAUGACUCCCUUGUCAUUCGGUUCUGGCUUCAUGCAUUGACUGGAAGGAUGGAGAAACCAGGAUGAUUAAUCUGACAGAAAUCCCUUCAGUUGCCUCCACAUUCUGCAUUGCUAGAAGGCUAGAGAUUUAUUUCUUCUCCUCUUCCUCCUCCUCUUUCUUUUCAAAAAGAUAUCUCAUGGUCUGGGAUGCGGCGCACUUCAGCCCUGGUUCCCAGCAAGACUCAUCCAUACUUGCUCAGGGAACCAUCCCCCCCCCCCCCGUCCUACAAAUUCUGUAACAGAACAAUGUAUUUGCUUUGUAGGAUUUGCUGCAGCUUCUCAUUUAGACGGACAGAACUUGGCAGAAGACCAAAGGGUUCCUUCUGAUCUCUCAGAGGCUUCCUGAGAGCACAGAUGGAUGAGCAAGACUCAGCUGGCCCUGGAACAGGAAGAGGCCAUGCCAACCAAACUGGGAGCAGUGGGGGUUUUUGGGAAAACUCUGUGCAGAAGAUCCAUGGUGAGGUGGACACCCUCCGCUCAGAGGUGCAGAGCCAGCAGUUGAGGCAGUUCUGCUGCCAGGAGGCCAAAGGACCCCGAGAGGUUUGCAGCCGACUCUACCACCUUUGACCGUCAGUGGCUGAAGCCAGAAAGGCACACGAAGCUGAGAUGCUGGACCUGGUGAUCUUGGAGCAGUUCCUGGCUGUCCUUCCCCCGGAGAUGGAGAGCUGGGUGAGGGACUGUGGAGCGGAGACCAGUUCGCAGGCGGUGGCCCUGGCCGAAGGUUUCCUCCUGAGUCAGGCACAGGAGAGGAAGCAGGAACAGAGUAAACAGGUGAGAGAGACUUUCCUCUGGAUACUCCCAAGGGGUUCCAAACAGGACAGAAAACAUCCCAUAAUGGUCUGCUGAUGGCCCAUCUUUUUCUGGGAAAGAAUCGAUGGAAUGAGAUCUCGCACCCUUCAAGUCUUUGUCAUUCUCUUUCUAGUAUUUCUUCCCAUUCUCUGUUUUGAAUCCUUGUUUCUUUCUCAGGGAAAGGAUCUCUUUGCAGAAAUGGACCUGGAUUCCUGUGAGGCAGAGAGGCCUCCGUUGGACACCAGAGAGAGGCCACUGGGUAAGGAGGAAGGUGGUUUUUCUCCACUGGUCUCAUUCUCUUGGUUUUCCAACUCAUCUGAGGAUUCCUUUCAUCUUGUUUUGGGGGGAGACAGUUGGGAACAAGGGUCCAGAGGAGGGGAGAUGUAUUUCUGCACAAACAAACAUAUGAAAUGGGCACAAACCUCCAAAUGCACUCAGCGGGUGAGGCUUUCUCAAAGGCCCAUCUGUAGUUAGAGAUGCCCUGUUUCACCUGUGAGAGAAGCAGGCACUCCUGGCGUCCUGCUUACCUUUUUUCUCUUGCAGGUGGCAGAAGGAUGCCGGCAAGACCUCCUGAUCCGCCUUUUCAUGGGGGCAGAAGGGAAGCAGCGGCUCUGGAACCAGAUCAGGUCAGGGGAAGCUGCCUUGUGGGGACAGAGGCCGAGGGAUGGAGCAAUGUCAUGGACUGGUUGGGCACAGAGGAGUGGUGGGAGGAAGCAGCCUGGGAACCAGGAAGGGAAGAUGGCUCAGUUCCCAAGAAGUGGAGGAGUAAGGAGGAUGAGUGAUCAGACGGAGAAGAGGGAGAAGCCAGGGAAGAGCAGGUGUCAGAAGCCGAAGGAGUAACAGGGUUCAGUGAGCUGGGAGAUUCUGUGGCAGAAUGCAGCGCAGAAUCAGAGGCAGAAGAGGAAGGAGGCAGAGUGGGAGAGGAAGGUCGAGAGGCUGAUGUGAGUCAGGAGAAGGAAGAGCCACCGGUGGCUAACCCUCUCCUUUGCCAGAAGCCACUCUCCCUGCUUGUCGCUCAGAGCCAGGAGACCCCCUGCAGUGCAGGAAUCUCUGCUGGAUCAUCCAAGACAGAUGGCCAUCCAAAAUAGGCUUAUUUUAUUUCUAAAUUGAUCACUGAAUGCUAAAAUUGGUUUGCUAAGCAGUGGACAAAUGAGAACAAAUAGCGGCCUGGAUUCGCCUAACCAGCCCCAUCGGCUGCAAAAUGGGGCUUGCCCCCCCCAUUCCUCCCCCUCCCCAUUCCUCCAUGGAUCCCUUGAAUUUGGCUCUAGGGCAUUGGGAGGAAUCCGAACGGCUCACAAGGAGAGGAAAGUGGAUCCUUCCAUUGGGGAAACUGGAAUGCUUGCCUAGGCAGAAUGACUUGAAUAAACACAAGGUGGAGUACAACUUAUUUGCACAGAAACGAAUACCCAUGAUUUAAAUUUAGAAUAAAAUAAGCAUCCAUAAAUAAAAUGUGCAGCAAAGCAAUCGUAUUAAAACAACACCACAAUGUACAGGAAGGAAACAACAGAGCAUUGUGGAGCAGAUCAUAUUUCUGCUGUCUCAGAGGAGGACAUUUCCCUUUUUCUUUUAGGGUCCAGUGUGCUUUGAAGAUGUCGCUGUUCGUUUCACGGACGAGGAGUGGGCGUUGCUGGAUCCUGACCAGAGAGCUCUGCAUAAGGACGUCAUGGAGGAGAAUCGUGGGAUCGUGGCCUCUCUUGGUAAGGCUCCCUGUGGGAUCGUCAUAUCUGCCUGGAAAUUCCAAAAAUACCUCUAUGGACCAACCUCAUAAAUUUUCACAGAGCUCAACAGCGCCCCCUAUAACACCCCCACAAUAAACAGUAACUUACAG